CCGGGGGGUGUGGGGGAGGUAUGCCGGGACCCCACGCUCCCCGCGGCAGCCGGCCCUCCCUCGCCUCCCCACCGCUGCCCGGGGGCGCCGGGGCGGGCGGCAGCCGGGGGGAGCGGCCCGGGGCGCGGUACCGCCCCCGCCGCCACCGCCCCACGCAUGCUCGCCGCCGCUGCCGCCGCCGCGCCGGAGCCGAGCGGAGCGGGACGGGACGGGGCGGGAGCGGACUGGAGGACCCGCCGCCGCAGGGCUGCCCGGACCACUUCCCCCGGCUCCAGCAGCUGCAGCAGCGCCUGGAACCUGCUCCCGGUCUGGCUGUGCCGGGGGAAGGCUGGCUUUUACGACCUGUGGCGGGACUAGCAUGGGAGAAGCCCUCCCUGGGCAUGGGCAGCGCUAAGGAGCCUGAGGGGCUGCGGCUACUGAGCCGCCAGGCUGGAGCUGAGGACACCUGCGAGCCUGGUGCCAGCUCCCCUGGCUGCCCACCUGCUGGCGAGUGCCUGCCCGGCUCCGGCUGUGCCGUGGGGGGCCGUGCCAUGAGGACCUGCUGCGUGGCUGAGCCGGAGGCCCAGGGCACCACGGCUGGCCCAGCAGCAGAGAAGAAGGUGCCAUCACCGACGGGACUGGCUCCCAGCACGCUUCUCCCAGAUGACAAUGUGGAGCCGAGCGUGACGGCAGCAACAGGGAGCUGUGGGGGACCAAGUGGCCCUGUGCUUGCCUGUGGUCCCAUGGGCAUGGGGGUCCCUGGCACCCAGAAGGACAACGUGGCCCCUGCUCCCACCCUGCCCGAGCCCUGCCUCAAGGCACCCAGCGAGGACAUGGGGAACGCGCCAGGUCCUGCCAAACACGUGGCGUUCUUGGAGCCUGCCGCAGGUGCCAGAGCAGCUGAGCUUCCAAGCCAGGAGCAGCCCCAGGGUGGUGCAGGGACAUCGUUGGGUGCUGUGCCCCAGCUGAGGGGCGACGAGGCUCCCGAGCAGCCCCAGGGGGACAUGGAGGACCCACCCAGCGCCGGCACUGUGGCGAGUGGCGGCCGGAGCGAGGCAGGGCCGAGCCCCACCGCCCUGGGCCAGGGCAGGGCUGAGGGGAGCCCAGCCCAGGCUGUGGGCGCCGGGAGCAGCCAGCAGCCCCAGGCAGCCAAGCUGCUCUGCGAGUCCUACUCCUUUGAGGUGACCCCACCGCAGGACGCCGGGACACAGGACAUGGGGACGCAAGUGGACAGCCGGGCGUCCCUGGUGUCGGUGGCUUUGAGCCCCAUGAGCCCCCCCGGCGGUGCUGCUGCCUUCACCUUCCCCAAGAGGGAGCUGGGCUCUGCUGUCGCCCCACGCCUGGAGCCCUCCAAGAAGGACGCAGAGAUGCAGGUGUCCAUGCCCGUGGAGACCCGCUCGGUGGCCACUGGGCCCAUGACACCAGUAGCCAAGUCCCCGCAAGCCUCAUACCCUGAGGUGCAUGUGAAGGGGACGGUGGCAGAGGAGGCUCCAGAGCCCAUCCGGGAGGUGAGCUGGGAUGAGAAGGGGAUGACGUGGGAGGUGUAUGGGGCCUCCAUGGAGGUGGAGGUGCUGGGCAUGGCCAUCCAGAAGCACCUGGAGAAGCAGAUCGAGGAGCAUGGGCGGCAGGUGGUGAUGACCCCGCAGAGCACCCGCACCGGCUCUGUCAAGGGAGCCCCCCGCAAAGGCGAGGCCAAGAGGCAGCCCAGCGUCUUCCGCGCUCUGCUGCAAAAUGUCCGGCGGCCCCGGUGCUGCUCCCGCGCCGGCCCCGCCAUGGAGUGAGUCGCUGCCUGUGCC